AAACAAUAUUCUGUACAAGUCAUCAAUUAUAGUAAACGUAAAAAACUAUGAUGAAGCAAUUUACAAGUUUUUCUAUUUUAAUAAUUUGUGGAAUUUCUGAAAUUCUUGGUGAAACUUGCCAAAAACCUGAGGUUGUUGCUUCUGCAUAUGUUACGGAAGAUGCGACAAUUUUAACGAAUGUCGCCUUUACAACACAAUUUGUGCUUAAAUGCAGCAAUGGUGUGAAAGGUAUUACACUCUACGCAGAAGUUGACGGAAAGUCAUUACCGGCUGCUAGAUUAAGUUCUGACAAUAAAUACCAGGUUUCUUGGACAGAAGAUGUGAAAAAAGCACAUUCUGGGGAUUACAACAUAAAACUAUAUGAUGAAGAAAGAUAUGCAGCUAUACGUAAAGCAAUAAGAAAUGGAGAGGAUCCAAGCAGUGUAAAACCCCUAGUUGUAGUAGUACUUAAUAAUCCAGGCAUAUAUCUUGGACCAUGGGUUAACUCAGAACUCCUUGCUGUUCUUUUGGCUGCUUUUGUAUCAUAUUCUGCUUUCUCUUCUAAAUUCAAGCUUCUUGCUUGA